AAACAAAACAAUAAAUAUUUGCUGUUUAUGUCGGUAAAAUUUAUGAUACACUUAAUAAAAAGAAAAACUAUAAUUAACUAUGGAAAAGGUUAAAAAACAGUUGCUGCAAGCGUCAAUUAACUAUGGCACCAUGCCAAUGGAUACUCUAAAAGGAAUUCUUUCCGCACUUUGUGAUUUAUACGAGGUUCACCAAUUAGACGAAAUGAAUGCGAUUAAUGCUAUAAUUGUUGAAAUCGAUACGCAAAUAAGAAAAUAUGAUCAGACCUUGCAAUUUAUUAAACAUCCGCUAAAUGGUCAGGAAUAUUUGGUAUUUGCAUUGUUGUUAACUAAUCAGGCUUGUAAAUUUCAACCAAAUUAUACUGAUACUGAACGAAAAUAUUUUUACAAACUGUUAGAAACUUUAGCAAGUAGUGAGGAUUAUGGCAUUGAGUGGAAUAAUAUAUAUGCUGUAGCCUCUCAGUUGCCUGUAAAUGCUCAGCAUCCAUUAUCCAAAGAGCGUAUACAAGAAUUGGAAAAUAUCUGGGUCUCUCAAGGGUACUUUUUGGCAUUGGAAGAUAAAAUUUACUUUGGCCCUCGGACUAUGCUCGAGUAUGGAAAAUAUUUAAAAAAUAAUUUUUCAGACGUUAUAAACGAUUGUGUUUUAUGUAAUAAUAUUGUUUAUUGGGUAAGAUGUAAAAUGUUCAGAAUGUGAAGUCAAGCUUCAUCGCAAUUGUAUACGAAAGUAUUUGAUCAAAAAGUCUACAUGUCCCAGUUGCAAAAAGACAUGGAAUACUCGUUUAAGUUUAUAAAAAUAAUAAAAUAUGUUUUUCAUUAAA